ACCGUAGUUACAGACGUAACUAUCGUUGUCUUUGCAGUUAUGUGUGGCAGCAUCUCGAUACAGGUUACGUCCAGGGCAUGUGUGAUCUGCUAGCUCCCCUACUGGUUAUUCUGGACGAUGAGGUCAUGGCAUUCAGCUGCUUCACUGAAAUGAUGAAGAGGAUGAACCAGAACUUUCCUCAUGGAGGUGCCAUGGACUCUCACUUCGCCAAUAUGCGUUCUCUUAUCCAGAUCCUGGACUCUGAGCUGUUUGAACUGAUGCAGCAGAAUGGAGACUACACACACUUUUACUUCUGUUAUCGAUGGUUUCUACUCGACUUUAAAAGAGAAAUGGUGUAUGAUGAUGUUUACUCUGUGUGGGAAACAAUCUGGGCAGCCAAGUACAUCUCCUCCGAGCACUUUGUCCUCUUCAUCGCUCUGGCACUUGUGGAAAUGUAUAGAGACAUCAUCCUAGAAAAUAACAUGGACUUCACAGACAUCAUCAAGUUCUUUAAUGAAAUGGCAGAGCGACACAACGUCCCGCAGGUCUUGAUGAUGGCGCGAGACUUGGUCAACAAAGUACAGACGCUCAUAGAAAACAAGUGACACAACUGUUCUGCUGCCACGUUUCUUUGUGCUGAAUUGUUUCAAGACACUGACACCACAUAAUAGUAAUUUAUUCAAAGGGAAAGACAUGUUUAUGAAAUACAGUGAUUGGUAAAUCCAGUAUUCUAAGAUAGUUGUACAACAACUUAAUCCCAGCUGCUCCUCUCUACAUGUAUAUUCAGGGGAGAUGGAAUUAUUGCCAGUACAUUUAUUUUUUAUGUGAUAUUGUUCACCUAGUGAAUGUACCAUUGUUGGAACUGCUUCAGGAUGUUAUUUAUUUUGCCUUAAAUUAAGCUAUUUUUUCAGGGAUCCAGCAACCAAAUUAUUCUCUGUAUUGUUAUUUUUGUUCAGUUACACGCACAUCUUGUGAUGCACUUGAAUAUAUUUUAAAUAUCAUCUUUUUUGCUUAAAUUGUAGCUACCAUGACUAACCUUCUUGAAUAUAUUUUCAGUAAUGAUGUCCACCAUUACUGGAUGAUUUGGUUUUGUGAGCGUUAAAUGUACAUUAGAGGAGUUUGUGUCUAAGUAGCAUGUGUGGUUUGCUUCUCAACAGCCAUUUUAGGACAAAUUACCGGCUUCUCUGAGGCGUGAUGGUCCUCUUCCUGUUUUUGCCUCUAAUGCACACAAGCUUGGAGGAAAUCCAGACCCAACCUGUGAUCUCUGUGCACUCGGGCAUGAUUGCACAUAGUUUGCAUAUAAAUACCAUCUUUCCUCUUGUACCAAGUUCCUAAACAUUGAGCUCCUUCUAUCUCUGACCUUGGCUAUGCAUUGUUUCUUUGCAGACUGGUUCUUGCUACUGGUUCAAUGCAGACACAUUUUUCUCUCCUUAGAUAACACUAUGCUGCUCAGGCGGAAGAUAUAUGCUGUUGUUUUUUCACAACAUCAAGAUAGUACAGUGCCAACAGAUUAUAUUUCCUUGCAGCAUUGCGGUAGCUGGUGUGGUUGAUUUUGAGCUGGUGGUAAACUGAAAGUGGUGUGCAGUGAAGGCAGCAUGCUUCCUUUGCACUCUCUUAUUCGCUUUUACCCUACAAUCAAUGUUAUGGUUUUCUGCCAAUGUAUUGCCCUGCCAUCUUGGUUGCCUUGUCUCUAACACACUCUAGUCUUACAAUACCUGUAGCUAUUUCCUGGAGUAAAUGUGCAUUUCUCUUUAUUACCUCAAGAUCCCUGUGUUCAUAGCAGUUGAAAAUGAACUCUGCUCCUCAUGAGAUUUCAGAUCACAUACAUGGUUUCAGUUUGUCCCUUUUUCUUGCCUACAUUUUGUUUCUUAAUUUUGUUCAGCGCCCUCCACCUUGAUAGGCUACAUCCGUAGUUUGAUCAGUUGAAAGAGCAGUGAACUUGUGCUCAGUCCAUUGAAGUGCAUUUUAUCAUUUUUGACAGCAAUGGUCAGCAGAUUUACUUUAGAUACUCCUGAUAAUUUGAUAUUUUUGAAGCUGUCUUCGUCAUUUAGGGUUGUUUAGUGCUUGCUGGUCAGUGGUAUGUAGCCAUACAGAUAAACUUGGUUUUAUGUGCGUAUGUUCACACCACUGAAUUGUCUGAUGCUAAUCAAAUAUUGUGAAUGGGAAUUGUAUUUGUUCAGCUGAAAUCAACAUAUAUUUAAAGAAACAAUGUUCAGGAAGACUUUAUAUCAAUAGUUUUAAUUGGCCUAACGGGGUCUGUGAUAAUCAGUUUAGCAGAUAUUCCAGAGGGAUGUCCCAAAUCUUCAACACAAAUACAAAAUUCUCUAUGUGACCUAUAGUUUCAUUGCUGCCACUUACAAUUGCAAAAUAGCCAUAACACACCCUUGUUUGGUUCACAGCAGCUUUCCCACAAGUGUUUGGAUUCCACUGCUAAUGUCUCCACAUGAUCUUCUAAAACAUGCCUGAGUAUUGCUGUUUGUGUAUUGCUGUGUUUGUUGUCAGAAGAUUUACUGUAAGCAAUGUGUUUGAAAGAAACUAAGCUCGUACAUAUUUAUAUAAAUGCAAUACGAUGUCUGUAUAUGGUCUUUAUCUGAUUAUAAGGAACAGGAACAGAAAGAUACAAAUAUGCCAUUGGAAAUAAAUAUAUUUUUUAUUUUUUUCUCUGUCCUCUCAAAAUUGUCAUCUGGUAAAAUUCAUUUAUUGCGUAUUAAAAAAAUAUUAUAUUUUG